UGCUCACAGCGAGAGCCAUGGCCUUGGGAAGGUCUUCGAGGCGUGAGACUUUAUUUUUACACUCUUAUCACUGGUUUCCAGUUCACUUGGAGACCAAGUAUGUGAGGCUUGGACGUGAUGUGGAAAUGAGGCCCAGAAGGAUCGUUCCCGAGUCCAGGCAUCGUUCUCUCCAGGUUGGCAGAUUGGACCAAAAUUAGGAUUCUGAGCAUUCUCGAACCCGAGAACAAAUACUGGUCCUUUCAGUCAGAUUUAUUGUACGGAGUACAUAAGGAGAGCCACGGGUACCACAAAAUUCGAUGCAACAUUUGCGUGCCUGCAUAUGCAUGAUAAAAAAUGGCGCUAGUUUCAUCCGAACAGUCCCCUAUUUUCCAACUUCUGGACCUCGCUUUCGCACCAAUGGGUCUCGAGCCCGAUAAUCAGUUCCAGCAUCUCAACUUUUCGGUUUUUGGUUCCCCUCAAUCAUCUCCUCCAGCGUUCCCAGAUCCAAUUUUCUCGUCCUCAAGAUCUCGACCUCGAUCUCCAGUAGCGAAGCGAUCUUGGAUCUGGGCUCAUCAUGCACCAAAUUCGCGAAAAUUUCAUACCGGCACCCACAGCCACUGGGAUUGCGCAUACUGCUCCAAAAGCUUCAAACUAGUUUCCGGAACAGGCAAACCAAUGAGACAUCUUGAGAUUGCUCAUGGGAUUUUAAGGCCCGCCAAGAGAGUGGCUGGCGUAACAUGUUCUGCUUCGACAUCACUAGCAUCUGAGAGAUUUACGAGCCAAAUUUCUGGUAUAAACAAGGAAAGCUGGAAUGUUAGCAAAGAGCAAAUGUCACUGGAUCCGCAUUUUGCUUCUUGUACAGAUUACUGCGGAGACAAUGGCUGUAGUGGGGCCUUUUCAAACGAUAUGGAUAUAUGGUUGGACUGCUCGCAUUCGGGCUUCGAGUCCCAUACCUCUGAAACCGCAUCGAUAUCUCCAACCGCAACUUCAAUUUCUACAUUUGACAGCGGUUUCGAGGAUACUUUCUCUUCUGCCGAAUCGUCACCCAGUUCAUAUAUGGACCAUGGAUCAAACUCGCUUUCUCGAUCCCCUCCCACAAAAUCUGCCUCAUUUACAACAAGGCGGUCUUGGAUCUGGCAGCAUCAUGAGAGCUUUUCUUGGAAUGACGAGGGGAGCUCGGAUUCCGAUUGGAGGUGUGCGUACUGCUGGAAAGUGUACAGGAAGAGUUCCGGUACUGGGAAAGGAAUGAAGCAUUUGAGGGAUGCUCAUGGCUUUGUUUGUUAAAUCUUCCGAGGAGAGAUGGACAACAUUGUAUUUAUAUCCCGUCGACUCAAGCCAAUUGAGAAUACCAAAUUCA